GAGGCUUUCUGUGGAACCCGUCUGGUUUUCUUUUCCUCAUUUUGUAGGCAAUUUAUGCUCUAGACGUGUUGCUCUUUGUUCAGUUUGUUGCUUGAAGGAACGGAAAGAACUCCUAACACAGAUGGCCCACUCUCCAGACGAUGCACCCCUGGCCAGGGGAAACCUGGCAGACAGUGAGGAGACGCUUCUUCCCCUUGCAGCACCAAGAGGAGGCUCCAACAGUCGUGCCUUGAAAAUUGCGGGUCUGACAACCUUGGCUUGCCUGCUGGUGGCCAGCCAGGUCUUCACUGCCUACACGGUGUUUAGCCAAAAGCAGCAGAUCCACACUCUACAGAAGAACUCGGACAGAAUUAACAAACAGCUGACCCGCUCAUCUCACGCUGUGGCUCCAGUGAGGAUGGCCAUGCCCAUGAACAGCCUGCCCCUCCUCAUGGACUUCACCGAGGACUCCACAGCACCCAAGACCCCCUUGACUAAACUGCAGAACACUGCCAUUGUCAGUGUGGAGAAACAGCUGAUGGAUCUCAUGCAGGACUCCGAGCUGCCUCAGUUCAACGAGACCUUCCUGGCCAACCUGCAAACCCUGAAGCAGCAGAUGAACGAUAGCGAGUGGAAGAGCUUUGAGACCUGGAUGCGCUACUGGCUUAUCUUCAACAUGGCCCAGCAGCAGCCUGCAACCCCCACACCUCAGUCAGCCACUACCAUCAAGACCAAAUGCCAGGUGGAGGCAGCACCCGGACCCAGCAAGAUUGGUUCAUACAAGCCCCAGUGUGACGAGCAGGGCCGCUACAAGCCAAUGCAGUGCUGGCACGCCACCGGCUACUGCUGGUGCGUGGAUAGCGAGGGCCAUCCCAUCGAGGGAACCACCAUGCGUGGCCGUCCCGAGUGCCAGAGAGCUGCAUUUCCUCGUCGCAUGAUGGUUGCACCCAGGCUGAUGCAGAAGACAUACGACAUGGAUGAUGAAAAACAAAAGUGAAGCAAAUCUUGAAGAAAGAUUUCAUCCAGCAAUCUCUGCAAAUGACAGACGUCAUGCCGCACUUCAAUUAUUAACGCUUCUAUCCCUGAUGAGCUCGUUUUGCGUGGAAUCUCGUGAUUUUAACCAUUUUUUUGUGGCUGCUUGAAAUCGGAUCAAUAGAGGCCUGUUACACCUUAGUGCAUUUAAUUUUGAAAAAAAAAAUUGCCUUUACGUCAGAUUUGUUUUGGGGUAUAUUUGUAUAAUCUACAAUAAGUACAUUAAACUAUGUGAGUGUUUAAUAUGUUUGGUUCUGAUGAAUGCUUAAAGGGUAGGUUUACCGCAUCUCCUUCUCUUAAACUCAAUGCAGGAAAAUGGAAGCUUGGUUGUGAUGCUCUGAACAUUGAAAAAUUGCAUUUAUUAAUGUAAACCAGCCUAAUUUCUUCCCGUGCUGGUCUGAUAAUCCAAACCUCACAGAGGGCAGUUUAAAUAGGUUCUAAUAUUUUGCUAGAAAGUAGUGUCAGGAAAAAAACCCAAAGCAACUAGGAACAAUCUGGAAAGAGAUGUUGCUAUUUUACAUAUAAAUAAAUGAAUAAUUUGCAUUUCCAACUAGAAAUCUAGCUAGUAUAAAUCUACAUACCAUAAAUACAUACCAUAAACUGUGGGCUAACCUAUCCUUCACAGGAUGUGAAUAUGAUAAAGUUACUCUUUUAUGACAUGUUUGUUUUAAUAAGGUUGAUGAAUAAAGUUUUCCUAUUAACACCGCUUGCAUUACAUCUUUCACAUUAUCUACAGUUAAGAGAAAUCAUUGUUUAAGCUGUAAUCAAAAUAAGGUCUGAAUAAACUUUAACCUGAUUAGAUGCAGUGACGCUGCUCACUCA